GGCUGGUCCUUGGGAGAAUGUAAACAUUCAAGAUGGCGGAAAGUUUCUUCUGGAACGAUGUAGAAAGUCUUCAGUGUCCUCCGAUUUCAAGAUGUCCCUUCUCCGGCGACAAAGGCUCAGUUGCAGUGUUGACAGACCAGGUUGUCAGUAUGGAGAUGUUCCUGCUGAAGGAUCCGUACCUGAAGUUUGAAGAGUCUGUCCUGACCAGAGUCCUGUACAAACUGUCAGCCUCUCUCAGGAGGAACAAACACUACCAGUACCUCAAAAUGAUAGAGAAAUCUCUCAGAAAGCUUUCAAGACUGGAUCUGGUUACAGCUUUUUCCCAUGUUACUAGAUGCUGUCCAAGUUCUAAAGAUGAUUCAACAGGAGGCGCUGCAGUACUGCUGCCCAGCCGACAGCUGCUGGAGUUUCUCCUUGUGAAGCUGCUGGGGGCUGCAGAGAUCACCAGCCAGACUGUCAGUCUGUGUGCUGAAGCAUUCAUCCUCACAGCUCAACAGAUCACCAAGUCUCUGUUCCUGGCAGCCAACUGCACUCUACUCUCCAUAACCAGCAGACUGUGGGCUCUUUUAAAGAGUUUUCAGGAGAAGCUGCAGCAGUGGUACUCCUUCCUUAGGCCUUGGGUUGAUAAACUGCAGGGCACACAAGUACAGUGGCUGCCAGGUGGCGUCAAGCUGCCAUUGGAUCUAGGGGAGUGGAUUGUACCAGAGGAGGACACAACCCAGCAACAGUCAAGAAUGCAGACCAGUCUCAGCAGUGUCAGCCCCGGGGUCCUGGGUUUGUUGGAUCACCUGUUCACCUCACCUGUCCCCUCACCUGAUGACAGAGACCGUACUACGGACCCUGAUGCGUCCCUUAAUGUCGACACAACAGUGACAGAGAAACCUGUGUGUGUUAAGAAGAGGAGAAUCCCACCUGUAGCACAGAGCACACCUGUGUACAACUCACCUUUUCUUCAUCCUGGAGAGGGAUUUCCAAGUGACCUAGACAUGGAUCUUGGAGAGCCUGUUUGGUCGGACAUUUCCAGUAUCAGGAAUAGACUGUCCAGCCAUGUGCAGGAAAACGUAGUCCAACCCACAAAACUAACCUUUGGAGAGGACAGAGGGGAGGGUGACUUAAAUGCAGAAAGUACCAAGUCUGCAAGUAAAAGAAAGAGGCAACAAACAAAGAAGCAGGCAGAAGGGGAAAACCUGGAAGAUAUUACCCACCCUGCAAAGAGAAGAAAAAAGGACAGAGCCACAAAAGAAGAUGAAACAAAAGAAACUGUACAAAAUCCUGCAAAAGGAAAGAAAAGGAAAGCAAAAAGCGGCUAUAUUCAAGAGACACAAUGUGAGGAGAGUAAGUCACAGUCAACGGAAGAAGUUGAAGAUACUCGGAAGGAAAGAACACUGCACUUACCUAUGGAAGAUGAUACUCCAAGUAAGAAGAAAAGGAAAAAGAAGACAAAAGCCAAAGUUACAAAAGAUGACCAAGAAGAUUCUCGCAAACCACUGAACAAGGAAGAUGAUUUUAGGACAGAAACAUGCAAGGGAAAACAUUUGGAUAUAGUUGUGGAAAAUCCCAGUGCAGCAAGUACAGGAAAAGAACAAGAAUUUAUGGUGAAUGCUAGUAGUACAUUUGAGGAGUUGUACAAGUGCUGUCAGUCGAUCGGUGAGAAAGUCCAAGAAGGUGCAGCAGAAGCGAAGCUGCAAAAACUGGCUUCAAAAAUUAAGAGGUGUGCUAAGAUGGAGAGCAAAGGGAAUAUGAAGGUGAAGUUUGACUUGAAGCUCAUGAAAUCUAAACUGCUCCGACUUGCCCAAACCAUGGGGAAAUUGGAACAAAGUACUCUAAUACAAGGGUCUAAAAAAGAAGUUAGGAAUCUUAAACCAGCAGAUUUUAAAAGUCUGGUGAAGAAAAGACAAGAUACUACUUUUGAUACAGGCACUGAAAGUGCAAAGAGCACAUCUACAAUAUUGAGCCUAGAUAAUGUAAGUAUGCCCCCUGUUGUACGCAAGAAAUCCAAGCAAGUGAGUAGCAAGUUACUACAUGUAUCAGACAAGAAACAAGAUGCUACGGUAAAGAAAAAGAAGAAAAGUGCUGAGAAGGGUAGAGUUAAAAAGAAAAAGAAGUCAGGGGCCAACGUACUUGUCAAAGAUGAUGUAUUGUUAAAGACGUCAUGCAGUUUAAAUGACACAGAUGAAAUAGAUGAUAUAUUCAGAGGGCUUGACUAGUAUGUAGUAAAUUGUAAAGCUUGCCAUCCUACAUGUAUGAAUUGAGAUGUGCUCUAGAUCUAACUCAUAGCCGAAUUAUGCAUUUAAUAAUUUAGGCAUGGGCACAACAAUGAUUGGGACCAAUGAAGAAAUGUCUUAUAAGACUUAUAUUAAAGGUU